UGCGGACGGAAUGCCGGGUAGCCGUCGCUAGCUCCCGAGUAGUUUUCAGCCAGCCACAUCCCCAUACAGAGAUGUGCAGGCUGGCUGAGACAAGUUCACCUCAUCUUUGUCUUUUAUUCGUGCAAUGCCGCUCUGACCCUUUUGCGGCCAAGUCUAGACCAUGAUACGUAGAGAUUGGCGUUUGCAAGCUUGCUGCUUAUAUAGCUCGAUGGUCGCUCUGUUCUUGUUUCCUUCCUCAAUUCACACAAUCUGAUCCUGGAAAACCUCCCGCUAACUUUAAGCCCGUUUGGGACCCAUUGAAUCCCUUACCAAUUACACACGAUCAUUUGAUAGAUUGAUCUUGACAAGAUGUCUUCCGAAACAUCAACAAAGCCUACCAUUUACAUGAUCCGACAUGGAGAGAAGCCCGCCCCUCAUCACGGAAAAGAACCGCAUGGACUGUCUGCUCAAGGCAAAGAACGUGCAAACGAUCUCGUCAAUGUCUUCGGAGUGAAUUCGACCUACAACAUUGGAUACAUCAUGGCCGAGGAGCCUGACCCAGAUGGUGGUCGUGAUCGUCCUUGGAAGACUGUGGAGCCGUUGGCAGACGCGCUUGGGUUGACGGUCGAUAAAACGAUUAAACGGGAUGCUCACCACAAAGCUGCAAGGCGAGCUACAAACUAUGAGGGCCCGGGAAACGUACUGCUUUGCUGGGAGCAUAAAUCCCUUGAAGGUAUUGCCAAUGCGAUUGGUAUUCAGGGUUACGCAGCACAGACUGGAUGGACUGGCGAAGUGAAGUAUCCUGGGGAUAGAUUCGAUCUAAUUUGGGUUGUGCCGCCUCCGUACACGGAGAUCACUGUGGUAGGAAGUGAGCUGGUUCCUGGCUUGGAUGAUGGAGUCCACGUCAACGCCAAUGGAGAUGUUCCCCCUCCUUCGGCUAACUGAGUUGCCUGUAGCACUAUUGAAGGUUUUUCUUUAAAGCUAGUUAUUUCUUAUAUGCCUCUUAUUACUCAUAUAAGGCUCUCAACAACGCAGGUACUGCCUAAAUCUAUGCCAGUCAAGCCAGGCUCAAUGCAAGUCCCCUAAAUAGAAGGCUUAUCGUCGAACUCGAUAUCGUCCACCGCCACAAUGUCCCCUGUCCUGGCACUGAAUCUAUUUGCAAUGCGCAGCAUCAUCUCCUGUGUCAAUCGAGC